AUGGAUGACGUGUCUCGCAAUAUUGCUGCAUUGAACGACAAACAGAAGCUUUUCGUCUUGCGUGAGCCGGCUGUCACUCUUCUUCCAAAACUGUUCAAGGCUUGGAAAGUUACUCAUCUUUGUUUCGAAGCCGAUACCGACGCGUACGGGAAACAACGUGACAGCAAAGUUCUCGAGUUGGCCAAGGCAGCAGGAGUGGAAGUCAUUAGCGUGUCAGGUCGGACGUUGUACGACAGUGAUGAGAUCGUGAAAGCGAAUGGCAACAAGCCGACCAUGACAAUCAAAGCACUCGAAGCAGCUGGCGAUAAACUGGGAAAGGUCGCGUCUCCUGUGGAUGCGCCGACUUCGCUCCCUGACCCGGGAGAUAUGAACCUGGAAUUCGAGCAAGACAAGCCGGAAACAAAGCCCGAUUUCAACGCGAAACAUCGUGAUGAGAAUGACAAGACAUACAUGUCAGGAAUUGCUGGUCCUUCAGGAGAUUUCGCAGUGCCAACACUGGAGGAGCUGGGGAUGAAAGCUGCCACCACUCCGCAUAAAGGUGGCGAAAGCAUAGCCUUGAAAAUGCUCGACGAGCUGUUAGCCAAGGACGACUAUCUUGCAACUUUCGAGAAGCCCAAAACCAGUCCAGCAGCUUUCGAGCCACAAUCUACAUGUCUCACGUCCCCAUACCUCCACUUCGGAGCGCUGAGCUGCCGGCUCUUCUAUCACAAAGUUCAGGACCUCAUCGCUAAGCGGGAAAAGGAGAAGAAGCAUUGUUCAAAGCCACCCGAGRGUUUGAUUGGCCAGCUGCUCUUCCGUGAUAUGUACUUUGCUGCUCAAGCCGCCCUCGGCUACUCAUUUGGUCAGACCUAUAACAACGAUCACUGCCGCUUCAUACCUUGGCAUUUGCCCAGCAAGGUGGAUGUGAAAACGAAGAUGAUUACCGGCGGAUACGAAAUUGAUGAUCCCGAGAAGGAGGAGUGGUUCCAAAGAUGGACGCACGGCACAACUGGCUUUCCAUGGAUUGAUGCUAUCAUGCGACAACUCAGGGAAGAAGGGUGGAUCCAUCAUCUUGCUCGGCAUAGUGUCGCGUGUUUCCUGACCCGCGGAGGCUGUUACAUCAGCUGGGAGCGCGGCGCAGAGGUCUUCGAAGAGCUCCUUAUCGACCAUGAAGCCGCAUGCAAUACCGGAAACUGGCAAUGGCUGAGCUGUACUGCUUUUUUCUCGCAGUUCUAUCGCUGCUAUUCUCCCGUGGCAUUUGGCAAGAAGUGGGACAAGGAUGGAGACUACAUCAGGAAGUACGUCCCCGAACUGAAGGACUUUCCCGCCAAGUUCAUAUACGAACCUCAUAAGGCUCCAAUUGCGGAUCAGAAGAAAGCAGGCGUCUUGAUCAAAGGUGAUGGAAGCGAGACUGAGCGCGACGGUCUCAAGGUCUAUCCAAAGCCCAUGUUCGACUUUGCUGAACGCCGUGACAUUUGUCUCGAAGGGAUGAAAACGGCCUAUGGUCUCAAACUCUAUGGAAAUAAUCCAAAGGUCAUGGACGGGACAUGGAAGGCGCUUUUCGAUGAUUCUGCAGAGGGACCUACUAAAGGAGAAAGGGGAGGACCAGGUGGGCUGGACUUGGCAGAAGAUGCCGAAGGAAACGAGGAGAUGGAUAGCGAUGCUUCCACGAAGAAGUCCUCCGCGAGCCCGAAGAAAGCGCGACAGGGUCACAAGCGGGAGGCCAGCCAGUCCAAGAUCGAUUUCACCAAGAAGAGAGCGAAGUGA